AUGGAGAGAGCUGUGGUGCAAAUCACCCUCUUUGGGCUGCUUCUGGCUUUUGUUACCACACUACCAAACAAGGAUGACUGGGACAUCUACAGCUUUCACAUCAACUCCACAGUGACCAGUCGUUAUGCCACCACCGUCAUCACAAGCCGUGUGGUCAAUCGUAUGGACGAGUCAAAGGAAAUAGAAUUUCUUGUCCGAAUUCCCAAAAAUGCCUUCAUCAGUAAAUUCAGAAUGUCUAUAGAUGGACAGAUGUAUGACGGUGUUGUGAAUGCUAAGGAGCAAGCUCAGCAGCAGUACACUGAGGCUGUGUCCCGUGGUCAAAGCGCCGGGAUUGUCAGCUCUGUAGGGAGGACCCUCGAGGAAUUCAAGACCUCUGUGACUUUGGCUGCUCACAAUAAGGUGACCUUUGAACUCACAUAUGAGGAGCUGCUGAAGCGCAAGCUUGGCAAGUAUGAGCUGCAAAUCCACGCUCGACCCAUGCAGCCUGUCAAAGACUUCAAGAUUGAUGUGUACAUUCAUGAGAAAGCCGGUAUCAAUUUCAUGGAGGUUAAAGGAGGACUGAGCACCAAAGCCCUUGCUAAUGCCAUCACCAAAACACAAACAGACAAACAGGCGUGGCUGUAUUUCUACCCGACAGAGGACCAACAGAAAAUAUGUGAUAGCUGUGGAGAGGACGGUAUGAAUGGAGAUCUGGUUAUUGUUUAUGAUGUCAAGAGGGACACUUCACUUGGGGACAUCGAGGUAUCUGAUGGAUAUUUUGUUCAUCACUUUGCUCCAUCUAGCCUUCCCCGAAUACCAAAGAAUGCUGUCUUUCUUAUUGAUCAAAGUGGCUCCAUGCACGGCAGAAAAAUAGAACAGACCCGAACAGCAUUAAUCCACAUCUUGAAUGACCUGGCAGAAGAUGACUACUUUGGUCUUAUCACUUUUGAUGGCAACAUUUUUCACUGGAGACGAGAACUUGUUCAGGCCACCAAGGGAAACGUGGAUAGCGCCAAGGAUUUUGCAAGGAAUAUUCAAGAUAGAGGAUCCACAAACAUUAACAAAGCAGUGCUGGAAGGAGCGCGUAUGCUGAAUGCACAACCCAGAGAAGGUUCAGCAUCUAUCCUCAUACUUCUCACUGAUGGAGAUCCAACCUCAGGGGUGACGGAUCCCAAAACAAUACAAUCGAAUGUAAGGAAGGCCAUUGCAAAAAAAUUCCCACUCUACUGUCUUGGUUUUGGUUUCGAUGUCAAUUUUGAGUUCCUGGAGAAGAUGUCGCUACAGAACAGUGGUGUGGCACGAAGGAUUUAUCAGGACUCUGAUGCUGCUUUGCAGCUGAAGGGUUUCUAUGAAGAGGUGGCCACUCCUUUGUUGACAGAUGUGACAAUGAUCUAUAUUGGUGGGACCAAUCUAACCCAAACUAACUUCAGCCAGUAUUAUAAUGGCUCUGAGAUCGUGGUAGCUGGUCAGAUCACUGACAAUGACAUUGACAGCUUCGUUCCACAAGUUGUGGCCAUUUCGAGUAAAAGAAGGGUCACGUUUGCUGACACCAAUGCCACCAUGGAGUCCACUGGAACAGUUUCUGACAGCCACAUCCAGAGGGUUUGGGCCUACCUCACAGUCAAACAGCUCCUGGACCAAGAGCUGCUGUUAUCUGGACCAGAGAAGGAGAAAGUGAAGACAGAUGCCUUGGAGCUGUCACUCAAGUACAGUUUUGUGACCCCACUCACAUCCAUGGUGGUCACCAAGCCUCUGGGGGAGAAUACAGAGGUGCUUCAUAAACCGAAGGAAGGUCAAGCACCACAACAGAACUGGCAGGUUCCUCCACCAUCUCUAAGUCAAACAUCGAGCAACCCUGUCUUUGGGAGAAUGCGUUCUUCAGGAGUUGGUGCCGUACCAGGAAUUGGUGCUGGCAGACGAGGAGUUGGUGGCCCACCAGGAGCUGCUGGCGAAUCAGGAGUAUUUUCAGGUCAUGUUGAUCCAUUCCCUAAUUUGAUGAAUUAUGGUGCUGUGGCCCACAAGAAGCCAAUUCGAGUUCCUCCCCACAGGUUUUUGAUAAAAACUGAGAAUCAGUCUCUUCCACUAUGCUUUGAUAUCAACAAAGAUGUCCGCCUUAAACUACUUCACCAUCCCAGCGGGGAGUUGUCCAUGAAUGGUGAGCUUGAUUCAUUAAGAUACGGAGGCUUCAAAAGGAUUGUCAUCCACUUUGAAACUAACAAGUCUGUUGACGUUAAAAUCGAUGGAAUCACUGUGAAAGACGGACAUGAUGUGAAGUUCUACACAGGGAACGAUCACAUCACAGUUGGAAGUGUGACAGUGAUUAAACGGGACAAAGAAGUAGACGUCACAGCUGGGGACACGCGCAUAGUCAUCUUACUUCAUCAGCAAAACAGGAAACAUCUCCUCUGGCCAGUUGUAAGACAGCAGCCGCCAGACAGCAAUGCUGAAGGAAUUUUAGCUCUAAAGCCAGUAGCUUACGAGGAGGUGCAGCAAACUCGCUCGACAAAACUUAGGAUCAAAGACCAGGAGAUUGAUGUUGUCAGCGCCGGUGCUGCUGACUACAGUAUCCCCUUUCCCCCGAUACUUGAAUGCUGGCUCAUGUCUGCUGAGUCUGCCCUGCAGAGACCGCUGGAUGAUUUCAGUGUCGCAGAGCUUUAAUCGGGAACUAUGUUGAAUCAUUUUAAAAGAUCAAACACUAAUUAAUUGAAAAAGACGUUCCACUUGUUACUAACCUAAACAAAUAAAAGGGCCAAAAGCAAAGGUGAAACCCAGGCAACAUCCACUGCUGUGCUUUAACAGGUGGUUUGAUUCACUCCAUGCCGGAGUGCAGUGGAUCACGGCAGGUUAUCACGGUUAUUGCCAGGUUAAUCUGUCCGGACUUGUUUGACAAGGUUUUCAUGUCACUCUUGGAGAAAGUUAUUUGGAGAAAAAUGCUGUAGGACUGAGAUCUUUCCGAGCAUCCCCUGACAAAAUGUUUCCUCCUGGAUGGCCCGGUUGGUGCGUAUUAAUGACUCUUUGCAUGUCAGCCUGUGGUUUGGAGAUAAUUGACUAUGACGGCAAAGAUGUCAUUUGCAAACAGGGUCUCUCUGAAUGCACCAUGAAGGAUGAGGUGCUAAUGCCUGACCCAGAUGAUGCUGUGGAUGUCCAAAACCUGAUGCCAAAGUUCAA